AUGCGCUUUGCAUCUUCCACCAUCGUUAAGUUCGCCCUCCUGCUCGGCGGUCUCUGUGUCGAUGCAGCAGUGAUGUGGAAUCGCAAUGCUGGCACUACUGAUAUCGAGGCGCGCGCUACCUCCGGAUAUAGGUCCGUCAUUUACUUUGUGAACUGGGCGAUUUAUGGGCGCAACCAUAACCCUCAGGACUUGCCUGUCCAGCAGCUGACGCACGUCCUCUACGCCUUUGCCAACGUGCGUCCUGAAACCGGCGAAGUCUACAUGACAGACUCUUGGGCAGACAUUGAGAAGCAUUAUCCGACUGACUCCUGGAAUGAUUCUGGCAACAAUGUCUACGGCUGUAUCAAGCAGCUAUAUCUCUUGAAGAAGCAGAACCGUAACCUCAAGGUUCUCUUGUCUAUUGGAGGGUGGACAUAUUCUCCCAAUUUUGCUCCGGCGGCGAGUACCGAUGCUGGGCGGAAGAAUUUUGCAACGACCGCUGUGAAGCUGCUGCAGGACUUGGGAUUUGAUGGUCUGGAUAUUGAUUGGGAGUAUCCGGAAAAUGACCAGCAGGCGAGCGACUUUGUGCAGUUGCUCAAGGAAGUGAGAGCCGCACUUGACAGUUACAGUGCUACGAAUGCGGGUGGACAGCACUUCCUUCUCACUGUAGCUUCUCCAGCUGGUCCUGAUAAGAUCAAGGUCCUUCACCUCAAAGACAUGGAUCAGCAACUGGACUUCUGGAACCUCAUGGCCUACGACUACGCGGGAAGCUGGUCCUCUGUCGCCGGGCAUCAGGCCAACGUCUACAACGACACCUCCAACCCAAUCUCUACGGAGUUCAACACCCAGACCGCAAUCGAUCUGUACCGUGCCGGUGGAGUCCCCGCAAACAAAAUCGUACUGGGCAUGCCCCUCUACGGUCGCUCCUUCGCCAGUACCGACGGACUUGGCAAGCCAUAUAACGGAGUUGGCCAGGGCAGCUGGGAGAAUGGAGUGUGGGACUACAAGGCACUCCCUCAAGCUGGCGCUACGGAAUAUGUCAUUCCAAAUAUCAUGGCGAGCUACAGUUACGACGCGACGAACAAAUUUUUGAUCAGCUAUGACAAUCCUCAAGUGGCGACUAUGAAGUCUGGCUAUAUUCAAUCCUUAGGAUUGGGAGGCGCCAUGUGGUGGGACAGCAGCAGCGAUAAGACCGGAAGCGGGAGUCUGGUUACCACGGCAAGUACAAAGCUGAUCUAUUUGCUGACUCAGAAUGAAUUAAGCUACCCGCUGUCGCAAUACGAUAACCUGCGCAAUGGCAUGUGA